CUCAACCAUGGUAUGACCCACCCUUACGGAGUACUUCGACGGCUUUGCGUUUCCAUGGCAUUAGACUAACUGAAAAUGAAUACUCAAAUCACUUCUGCACUAUCUCUCCAUUGCUCUCCCAAUCAUACCAAAACAAGGGACCAGUCCUGGACCCAACACCACAAAUCCCAAGCAUGAUGCAGACGACAUUACUCAAAUCGCCCCGUGGCCGGAAUUCGGCUACCCAGUUAUCAUUCAAUGAUACGGAGAACUAUUGAAUUCCACACGGAUUCGUCCUGGCCCAGUUACCUCACCCCCUACCCCACUGAGAGAUGAACACACAUUUCAUCUUCGUUUCUCGGAUCUCGUUAUGAGCCGGUUGAGACGCGGCCUUCGAGCUGGAUUUGACCAACUCGCGCCGAAGCUCCAAAUACGGCAGCUUUCUGUCAUAACAAUUGACGGGGGAGGAUCUGCACGGAUCAUCAAUCAGUUCCGGCCGGACGCAGCGUUUAUUGUCGUUGGUGCAAGUCUCACCACAGGCGCCAAUCGAGCGCCUGGGGACUGGAAGGUCUCCUGGAAGUGGAGAUCUUCAAUGGUUUCUCACAAGACCUGCCGGAUCAGCGAGAAUAUAGGCAGGUUUUGGCUCAAGUGAAUUUCUAUAUGGAACAGCACAACACCCGGCGCGGGUUUCUCCUCUCGGACGACGAGCUUGUCGCAAUGAAUAGACU